AUGAGAUUCAGGCGCAUAGCACGCAACUACGUGACACAUUGGUUCAUGGCAGACUUUUCCAUGAUCCUCUUGGAUGCUGUUUCGCUUUUCAUCAUGGAGGAUGACACUGUGGAUGCAUUGACCCUUCUUCGCCUGCUGCGAAACCUUCGGUUGCUCCGACUGCUGAAGAUGUCGGAUCGAUUUACGAUCUUGCGGGAGCUCUUCUUCACUUUGGAGUACGAGCUGGAAUGGACGUCCGUCUAUUUUGCCACCUUCGCAGGUGUGCUGCAGCACUUGGGCGUCAUCGCUCUGCUGUGCCACUUCGUAGGCUGUGCUUGGUAUGCCCUGGGUGGUAUGUCAAGUGCUGAGAUCACUUGGGUGAAGGCUCAUGCGGCAUCCAGGGGCGAGGAGUUCAGCAAUUCUGCAGGAUGGUUCUACUUCUACAUGAGCCCUUGCUCUGAGGCGCUGACCCAGUUCACUCCAGCCGCCAUGGACGUCUCAGCUGUGAACACACCUGAGCGGAUCUUCUCUGUGGUGGUUUGCCUGGCGGGUCUGAUUGCCUUCAGUUUCUUUCUGGGUACCAUCAACCAGUCCUUCUCGAAGUUGCGGAGCCUGACCGCACAGGAGACGAAGCAAAACCAGCUCGUCCGGCGAUAUGUCGGAGACAAGCGCGUUUCCGCCGACCUUUCCAGCGAGGUCCUAGCGUGUAUCCGUCAGAGAGGACUUGGCAAAGCCACUGGCAAGGUGGUCUUCUCAGACAUCAAGGUUCUUCAGAACUUGCCGGCAAACCUCCUCUGCCGCUUACAGGAGGAGGUGGGAUUCCCUGUGCUUGAACAGCACGGAGUGUUCAAAUACCUGACCUACCUUAGCCUGGCAGACGUCGCGCGGAUGUGCCACAAAGCACUACGGGAGUCCAGUAUCAUCUACGGUGAGGACCUUUUCCAAUCAGGAAUGCCGGGAACCGCCAUGUAUUUCAUUCAAAGCGGAAGGAUGCAAUACUCUUGGGACCAGGCACCUCAAGUUUAUGAGAGUGUGCUGCCAGAACAAAGGGCUUGCGAGGCCUCUCUCUGGAUAUCCUGGGAGCACCGGGGGCGCAUGACAUGCGCAGACCAGUCCACGCACUUCUUCCAAGUGGAAGCCUCGGCACUUCACAAGAUUAUGGGGCGGAGCGAGCAGCGUGAUUUGCUUGCCAUGUAUGCGAAGACCUUUGUCAAAACAUUGCUCGAGCAGUACGGCACAAUCGAUGAAGCUUCAGACCUGUACGGAGAUGACGAGGUCGUGACCAAGAUCCUGACGCCCAUCCGUAGCUGGCAAGCAGGAAUCAUGAGUUUCAUGCCAGGAGCAAACGGCACCGUCCAGCUUCGGGCCUGUUUUCUGGCAUGGAAAACGUUUGUCCGAGAUGGCGCGGGUCGAGAAGGACAUGCUCAGUGGUUUGGCCGCCUCGCCAGUAAGUUGGGAGAGCUGGGAGGUCGGCAGUCUAGCUAA